AUGGCUCCGAGCUUCCAGACUAUAUCAAUCCGAGAUGCGGCCGCCCAGGUCGGCCGUUCCUUGUCGCACCUUACUAAGCGCAUCAAGAUUCCUUUGACGCCUACGAGCCCGCCGGGGCUGUUGCAGGCGAAUGCCGUUGAUCCCUGGAGCCAGUCUGGUAAAUAUGGAUUAGGAUGGACGUACUUCGCCCUCAGUUUAAUGGGAUGUGUCCUCAUAGUUCGUAUUUGGCAUUACUGGCAAGACAAAAUUCGCCAAGCCAUUUAUAAGCAAGAGGUUGAAGACCAUUACCGAAACCUAUAUAGCAUCGAGGCCGACUAUGCCAUGGCCGUACAAACGGGCCAGUCACAGCAGUUUUUCCCCGACGGGCCCGGCCUGGGAAACAGACAAUUCCGGCCGAAGGCUCAUUUCUCGUCCGUCGGUAUCGUCAACGAUACUCUAGCUCUGUUCCGAUGGGUCUUCUACCGGCCCAUUCCAGACAUUGUAUGGGGAAAGAAUCGCUUUACAUUUUCAUCUCUAGCCGUGUUAGCUUGCGGCUUCAUUGCCCUCAUCUUUGUCACCCUGUACUGCUUUCUUCAACAGCCGUUGUAUUGGGAUAGCAUCCGCUUCGGCUCACCACCGGUGGCUAUCCGAUCAGGGAUGCUCGCAGUCGCCAUGACACCAUGGAUCAUCAUUACUAGUAUGAAGGCAAAUAUCCUUACCCUAAUCAUUGGCAUUGGGCCAGAACGUCUCAAUGUGUUCCAUCGUUGGCUGGGGUAUCUAUGCCUGUUCCUGUCGGUCGUUCACAUGGUCCCUUUCUACAUUCAGCCUGUCUGGAAGGAUGACGGCAUGACUGUCUUCAACCAGCUAUUCCCCGACGGCAGCGGCAUGAUAUAUGGGACGGGAAUUGCCUGCAUUGUACCGUUGAUUUGGCUUUGUGUGGCGUCACUUCCUUGGAUCCGACGAGUUGCGUACGAAAUGUUUGUCAUUCUUCAUGUGCCAGCUGGCGUUGUAUAUGUUGGCCUCUUGUUCUGGCACACGAAAAAUGCCCUCUUGACUUGGGAUUACCUCUAUGCCACCAUUGUCAUCUGGGUGUUUGCCUAUUUUAUGCGUGUUUUUAAACUCAACUGGUUGAAGCCAUGGCGCAACGCCUUCCUGGUUGGCGACGAGGCUGCUGUCACUCUCAUGUCCGAAAACGCAAUCAAAAUUACGAUCCCUACCCAGAUGAGAUGGAGGCCUGGUCAAUACGUGUACCUCAGAAUGCCCGGCAUAUCUGUUCUGGAUAAUCAUCCAUUUACCAUUUCAUCUCUUUGCAGCGAGGACUUUCCAUCCGAGUACGGCGAGAAUUAUCGCGAUUGCGUUCUUGUUUUCAAGCCAUUCAAGGGAUUCACACGGAAGGUUCUGGAUACAGCCAUUGCCAAAGGACCCUUUCACACGUACAGAGCCUUCUUGGAUGGGCCCUACGGCGGCAUGCGCAGGGACCUGGCGGCCUUUGACACCUGCAUUCUCAUCGCGGGUGGCAGUGGGAUAACUUCAUUAAUGUCGCAGCUCCUCAACCUCAUUAAGCGCAUGCGCGAUGGCAAAGCUAUCACGAGAAAAGUGGUGGUCGUUUGGGCAUUCAAGAGAUUCGAGGCUAUGGAUUGGUUCCGAGAAGAACUCCGGAUUUGUCGGGAAGCAGCACCCCCGGAGAGUGUAACUUGCAAGUUUUUUAUUACCGGAGCCGUUCGCCACCGAGAUGCUGGCCAAAUGACCGCUCCUAUUAAUGGGCAAAACCCUCGAGCCCUCAACCAUAUGUUACACGACAAGUUGGACGGAUUCGUGGCUGGUAUUGCUUCCAAGCGUAACUCGGCUCUGAUCCAAGCCGAGGCCGAGGGUGAUCCUGAGAGGGAACGUGAACUCCGUGAGGAGAAUCAGGAUCGCAUCACUGCUCUCCCCCAGCAAAAGUACCUUCAACCACACCAGUAUCCUCCUCCUCCCCCAGGGCCACCCUCGAGUCGCCUCGGACCUAAUGGGUACCCUGAAGAUAAGAAGCUCGAAGACGACGAUGUCAAACAACCCGAAGAAUUCCACUUCCCGUCUCUUCAUAAAGAAAAUCCUCCUCACUUCAACUACGCUCCCCCAAAUCCCAGUAAGCCUGCUCUCAGUAUCCCAGAGCCCCAAGAGCCAUAUCCUGUGCGAGCUCCCGAACUCGCGCACUUACGGCAACCUGCCAAUCCAGAGAAUGCCAAGCAACGACCGACGUCUACUAUUGGCCCGCCGGCCGGGUUCGACUUUGGUUUCCCAGAAACACCGACCGAAUUCCAAAAGAAUUUGAUGAGAUCGGCUUUCCCUAUUCCACAUGAAAUCGACGGCGGGUGGUCAAUGGAGUACGGCCGGCCUGAUCUGGGCUACAUGCUCAAGGAGUGGGCAACGGGCGGCGUGGAUGGACGGGGCAUUCUGGGCAGAAGAACAGCCGUGUUUGUUUGCGGGCCUCCCUCAAUGAGAGUUGGAGUCGCAAACACAGUGGCGAUGUUGCAGGCAGAGAUUUGGGGAGAUGACGAGCUGGAGGAAAUCUUUCUCCACGCUGAGAACUAUGCCUUGUAA